AGAACUGUUAGCGACCGAGACGCAGCUCUAGGUGAUUUCCACUACCUUCCUACCCCCACUCUAGGCGUUCUUUUGGAGGCAGCAAGAGCGGUGGCAGGAUGUGAGGCGAGCCUGGAGCGUACUUUCCGGCGCUGCUCCCUCUUCGGAGCUAGGGAGGACCGUGUAGGUUUUUGCGCACAGGCUGGAGAGGGUUCCUGGGAAAGCCUGAAGCCUGGAACAGGCGGGAGAGAGGUGAGCAGUCACAGUUCGCACCUGAAGCCUACGCUGCAGUCUGGGUAGUAGGGCUGUUGCCCUUAAGGCGUACGUGCUUCUUGAGGAGAGAGAGAGUCACAGGCUGAGGCACCUGCAUCCCUCGGUGUACCAUUUGGCCAAGAUAAGGUGCUGCUGGAGCACAGCUGCUCCGAAGCAAAGUCGCAAAGGAAGAGGCUGAGAGGCAGGCGACUUAGGAAGAGUCUGGUCACGGAGCCGAGAGGCGGCACUUGACGAUCUAGCAAAGGGAAGAGUAAUUUAGGAACCUUUUUUAGCCUCCCUGUCCAGCUCCCCCUAAAGUCUACAAAAACUCUGUUGAACUCUAGAAAUCUUGCUUGGAUUAGGAGAAUUUUCCUAGCACCCUCCUUGGCUAGGACAGGGAGUGGAGAAAAACAGGCGGGGCUGCUCUGUCCACUGCUCCGGAAGACACCCUUUCCUCCAAGCCACCUCCAGCUCUGAUCGCCCUUGGGGAGCCUCCCCUUUCGCCCAGCAAGCUCAAGCCCACACUCCUUGGAACCCAGCUCUUCCUCUCGCCCUGGACCUAUUGCCCCAGACAUGGAACUGCAUGCGUGAGCCCUGCCGGACAUCGCCUGCUGUUGUGGAAGACUCAGACAGCUACCAAGGAAAGUGAAUGAUGAAGCCACCAUUUCUUUUGGCCCUUGUGGUCUGUUCUGUAGUCAGCACAAAUUUGAGGAUGGUGUCAAAGAGAAAUUCUGUGGAUGGCUGCAUUGACUGGUCAGUGGAUCUCAAGACAUACAUGGCUUUGGCAGGAGAACCAGUACGAGUGAAAUGUGCCCUUUUCUACAGUUAUAUUCGUACCAACUAUAGCAUGGCCCAGAGCACUGGGCUCAGGCUUAUGUGGUACAAAAACAAAGGUGAUUUGGAAGAGCCCAUCAUCUUUUCAGAGGUCAGGAUGAGCAAAGAAGAAGAUUCAAUAUGGUUUCACUCAGCUGAGGCACAAGACAGUGGAUUCUACACUUGUGUUUUAAGAAACUCGACGUAUUGCAUGAAGGUGUCAAUGUCCUUGACUGUUGCAGAGAAUGAAUCAGGCCUGUGCUACAAUAGCAGAAUACGCUAUUUAGAAAAAUCUGAAGUCACUAAAAGAAAGGAGAUCUCCUGCCCAGACAUGGAUGACUUUAAAAAGUCCGAUCAGGAGCCUGAUGUUGUGUGGUACAAGGAAUGUAAGCCCAAAAUGUGGAGAAGUAUAAUAAUACAGAAGGGAAAUGCUCUGCUAAUCCAAGAAGUUCAAGAAGAAGAUGGAGGAAAUUACACUUGCGAACUUAAGUAUGAAGGAAAACUUGUAAGACGAACAACUGAAUUGAAGGUUACAGCUUUACUCACAGACAAACCUCCCAAGCCAUUGUUCCCCAUGGAGAAUAAGCCAAGUGUUAUAGAUGUCCAGCUGGGUAAACCUCUGAACAUCCCUUGCAAAGCAUUCUUUGGAUUCAGUGGAGAGUCCGGACCAAUGAUCUACUGGAUGAAAGGGGAGAAGUUUAUUGAAGAACUAGCAGGUCACAUUAGAGAAGGUGAAAUAAGGCUCCUCAAAGAGCAUCUUGGAGAAAAAGAAGUGGAAUUGACACUCAUCUUUGAUUCAGUGGUGGAGGCCGACCUGGCAAAUUAUACCUGCCAUGUGGAAAACCGAAAUGGACGGAAACAUGCCAGUGUUCUGCUGCGUAAAAAGGAUUUAAUCUACAAAAUUGAACUUGCAGGAGGUCUGGGAGCAAUCUUCCUCCUCCUUGUACUUCUUGUGAUCAUCUACAAAUGCUACAAUAUUGAACUGAUGCUCUUCUACCGACAGCAUUUUGGAGGUGAUGAAACUACCAAUGACAACAAGGAAUAUGAUGCCUAUCUGUCUUACACAAAAGUGGACCAAGAUACUUUAGAGUGUGACAAUCCUGAAGAAGAGCAGUUUGCUCUUGAAAUACUGCCAGAUGUCCUGGAAAAACACUAUGGAUAUAAACUCUUCAUCCCAGAAAGGGACCUGAUUCCAAGUGGAACAUACAUUGAAGAUCUCACAAGAUGUGUUGAGCAAAGCAGAAGACUUAUUAUCCUGCUAACUCCAGACUAUAUUCUCAGACGAGGAUGGAGUAUUUUUGAGUUGGAAAGCAGACUCCAUAACAUGCUAGUCAGUGGAGAAAUCAAAGUGAUUCUGAUUGAGUGUACAGAAUUAAAAGAAAAGGUGAAUUGCCAGGAAGUGGAAUCACUAAAGCGCAACAUUAAACUUUUGUCCUUGAUCAAGUGGAAGGGACCCAAAAGCAGCAAAUUAAAUUCUAAGUUUUGGAAGCAAUUAGUAUAUGAAAUGCCCAUCAAGAAAAAAGAAAUGCUUUCUCGGUGCCAUGUUCUGGACUCUGCAGAGCAAGGACUUUUUGGAGAACUCCAGCCUAUACCCUCUAUUGCCAUGACCAGUACCUCGGCCUCUCUGGUGUCAUCUCAAGCUGAUCUCCCUGAUUUCCACCAUUCAGAUUCAAUGCAAAUGAGACACUGUUGCAGAGGUUAUAAACACGAGAUGCCAACCACCACCUUGCCAGUACCUUCCUUAGGCAACCACCACACUUAUUGCAACCUGCCUCUGGCACUACUCAAUGGACAGCUACCCCUUAAGAAUACCCUGAAAGAUACCCAAGAAUUUCAUAGGAACAGUUCUCUGCUACCUUUAUCAUCCAAAGAGCUUAGCUUUACCAGUGAUAUUUGGUAGUAAAAACGCUGAAGUCCUCUGAACAGCUAAUGUGAGCACACAAUUUCUGCUUUGCCAAGCAUAAAGUACACCUAAUAACAUUGAGGUGCUGAAUAAGUGUUCAAAGUAAAAGGCACAGAAUCCCUUUUGUACUUAAAAUUUUUGUUUACAUUUCCAGAAUAGUAGGGGGUGGGGAGAGGAAGGACCUGCUUUUGUAGUAUAGUACCUUGUUUCAAUGAGUGUUUUUGAUUUCUUCCUGAAAGUAAAAAGUUAAAUAUCCUUUUCUUUAAGAGUAGGUUUUUUAACAACUUUUGGACUGAAAACUUAGAUGAGGUAUCUUCCACAUAUUUAUAAGUAUUUCAGUAUUUACAUGGCUUUUGAAAUAAGAAAAACUUAAAGACUUGAAUUGAAUUUGAAAAUUCCGAACUAAGUUUAAGCAGAAAAGAGAACUUCUACAGAAUAACUAAAAAAUCGGGAGUUAUCAAGAAAGAAGUGUUGAAGCACCCCAAUUAAGAAGAUUCUUUGUAGAAGAAGAUCACUUAAGAAAAAAUGUGAUUGAAAUGUUUAGAACUUCUUCAAUGUACUGGGCAACUUCUCUAGACUAAAUCAACAGCUCAUAGUGACAGCUUAUAGUUGUAUAGGGAGCACAUCUUCUGUAAGCAAACUGGUGGGUAGGCAAACAAUAAGCAUUUCUUAAGCAAAUGAAUCGAGAGGCGGCUAGUUCUUUGAAGACGAUUUUAAAUAACUUGUAUGGCUUUCUAGCCUACGUCAAGUUUUACAAAUUUGAAAACACCUUUUAAGAUGCGUAUUUUAUUGUUUGCUAAUAAUUCACAUUUGGAUUUUUUUUCCAAAUGAUCUCUUGACCUACUUUUUAACAGCAUCACUGGAGUUUCAAUUUAAAUCAAUAUUGACUGCAAGUGUCAGCAGCAGAAAAGAAGUAAAACAACAAUACCAACAGAUGAAGUGCAAAAUUAUUCACGUUUACUAGUGGUAGAGCAGCAAUUGCAGUGAUUCUCAUCUGAAAUGUGGUUGUGAAACAGACUAUUCUGCACAUACACAAUAUCUUCUUCGCCAUGUGUGCACGGUUCCUGCAGAAGUAUCUCUAUUCCUGGUGCUUCAAAGAGUAUAUUUUAUAGACUAAACUUUUCCACCUUCACAUUAUGACUGUGACUGUACCACACCAGAAAAUCCCUGUAAAUGAUCUAAAAUAUUAUGAAUUUACUGUAAGGAUUGUACCACUAUUCUAGUAUUUAUUGUGAAUUACUACAUUGUGUUAUUUCCAAUUACUCAGUUUUGGUGUGUUCUCUACCAGGAUGACUGAGGGGGGCAAUUUUUUAUCAAGGUUGAAUCUGAUACCUUGCAGAUGGUUCAUAAAUCAUGUUUUUGGACAAAUAUAUGUAAGAACAGAUAUACACAAUGUGUAAAAAUUAAGAAUUUGCCCAACCCUUGUAAAUGUGAGACUCAAACAUGUAAGAGAAUAUUAGAUAAUGUGUUUUGAUUAUUUCUUUCAACCUUUUUACAUUAUUAAUUCCCUGUGAUCCAUGAACGUUUUGUUUAAAGCACUUGUUUCUCCAUUGCUUUUCUAUAUCCAUCUGCUCAGAAAAUGCAUUAUGCUUCAACAAUAUGUAAAAGCUUAGCAGUGAUACAUGUUCAUUUCAUACUGAGACAAUUAGUUGCUUCUUUGAAAAGUCCUGUUCAACACACAUAGUUAUUUCAUAGAUGUAUUGUUUCUACUGAGAAAGGUGAUUUUGCUUCUGUAAAAAAUAUAGGUAUUUCAAAUAUGGAAAUUUGUCAAUUCCAAACUGUUUUCCAAGUGUUAUAAAGUUGUAUUUACUCUUCAGUGUCCUUUAAUGAUACAUGUAAUUACUAAGUUAAUAACCUGCAUGAAAUGAGUAGUAUAUAUGUUUAAGUGACCAAUUGUACUUCUUAUUAUUUUGUUUUUCACAGAAACCUAGAUUAAUUCAAAUAGAAUUUUCAGUGGUAUUUUUAAACUAAUACUUCUAUAUUGAGCAUGCCAGUUCUGAAAAUAUAACAUGGGUCUCUCUGCUUCCUUUAUUUACAAUGAUUAAACGUGGGUAGCAAUUUGAGUUGGCUGGCCACAAUGUGUCCUUUCACUACUAGUAAGUACUCAAAAACAGAGCAUUCACACUUGUGCUGGGGAACUU